AUGUUUGUUUCUGCCCUCGUCGUGGUUUCGGUUUUCUUCGCUAUCUCCAGGGUGCUCGCUUACAUCACUGCCCUUAAGAGGGUGAGCCAUAUGCCGGGCCUUCGAUGUGCCCUGGCACCCAUGGCAUUUCCUGGUGCCAUCUUCCCAACAACAUUUUGGAACCCUGGCUUAUUAUGGCCCUGGGAGUGGAGGAAGAGUGCAUACCAACAGUUCCAGGCUCAUACUAUUUCAUGUGUACCUUUCUUAUCCGGCCCGCCAUCCAUAUAUACCUCCUCUGUAGAGGUUGCGAAGCAAAUAUUCAGUCCAAGACUGGAAAUUUGGAAAGACCCUCAUGCAAAUGAGAUCCUCAGCAUUUGGGGGGAUAAUGUCCUAUCAUCCAACCAUGAUAUGCACAAGCGGCACCGAAGAGUAGCAGGAAGCGCCUUCAACGGAGAUACCUACAACAUGGUGAUGCAGGAAACAGCGAACUUGUAUUAUGAAAUGAUGGAGUGUGAGGACUGGAGCACAUCUCCUACGGUCACUAUAACCGCAAUCAACGGAUACAUGUCGAAGUUUACUUUGGGUGUUAUAUCCCGAUGCGGGUUCGGUAUCCCUUUCCCCUGGAAAGGUAGCACCAAAGUCGAUGGCAUGACGUUCUACGAGGCUCUCAUCGUUGUAGCUAAAUCCUCUAUCGUCCGAAUCGCUACGCCCAGGUGGGCCUACAAGUUACCUAUACGAAAGUUGCACGACGUGGAGAAGGCUUUCUCCACACUUUCAGUUUUCAUGGAUGACCUGAUACGUACAAGGAAAGAAGAGUUUGCUCACGACGAUGUUGCGUCUAAGACUCGGCAAGACCUCUUCACCAAGCUGGUAGCAGCGAGUGGAAGCGCAAACGAGAAGAACAAACUGGACGAUCAAGAGCUUAUUGGGAACGUUUUUACUUUCUUGUUUGCCGGACAUGAAACGACCAGUCAUUCGCUUUCUGCAAUUCUGGCCAUGCUCGCUCUUCACCCGGAAGAGCAGGACAUCUUAUUUGCGCACAUUAUCGAAGUUCUUGGAGAUGACCGGGUUCCGACCCCGGCACAAGUGGAUGCCAUGUACAAGGUUCUUGCUUGCUUCCAAGAGACCGUGCGGAUGUUCCCCAGUGCUGCUCUACUGACCAGGGACACGACGGAUGUCAUUACCUUAAACUUGCCGGAAGAGGACGGCGUCAAGCCUGUCGUAGUGGAAGCUGGUGUCAGGCUUGUCGUCGACAUGAUAGGCAUGCACCAUAACCCGCAACUCUUCCCCGACCCGGAGCGUUUCAUGCCCUCCAGGUGGUACGACUCGUGCGACUCGGACCUCACAUUCUUCGGCAUGGGACACCGUAUCUGUCUUGGCAAGAAGUUCGCCAUGGUCGAGGCGGUGACGUUCCUCGCCCUCUUCUUCCGCGAGUGGAAGGUUGAACCGGUGUUGGCCGACGGCGAAACGCUAGCGCAGUGGCAGGAGAGAACAAUGCAGAUGGGAAUGAGGGGGCUGGCCUUUGGCGUCAGAGACGUCCCUUUGAAGCUGAACAAGCGACGUAAUGCUUGA